GGCCGGAUUCUUUUACUCGAACGACGAUCGAAGAACGAUAAAUCUGCGAUUUGGUGACCCGGAGAAAAGCGAGAUCGUCGAAAGUUCGUCCUCGAAAACACCAGGGAUUAUAGUAAAUGUACGGCAGCUCGUUAGCAUCCAGAAAGAGGGAGAGAAAGAGAGAUAGAGAAAGAGAAAGAAUUUUAAAUUGAAAACUUUGCUCAGAAGCUAUGCCAACUACGAAUUCGUUGGUAUAACAAAGGAAAGAAAAUAUACGUCAAAGCAUAAUGGACGAAAAGAGAAAAGGUACGUAAAAUGGUGAAACACGUUAAAUGAAUCCCUUACUUUCAUCGAUGGUGCUGCAAUUGUCACUGUGCGGACCCUCGGCCACGUUUGCGAGAAAGCAUCGACGUACAAGAACUAAUUUGGCAAUUUUUAAAUAUCACGAAACAUAACCAAGGUGAUAUGAAACAAUAGUAUUAUAUGAACGAUCAUUUAAAAAUGCAACUUAGCAGAGUAUGCAAGCAAAAUCUACGAUAUACAAUAUGUAUGUAUGGUACCAUUCGAGAGUGUUUCAAUAUCACGUGCUAGCUCGGAAUCCGGAGCAAGCACUCUGGAGGAAUCUGACAGAAGCGAUGGAUGCCGCGAGCAGCAAUUCCUUCGUGGAAAGCAUUGGUAGAUCCUAGGAGAGCUUUAUUGAACAAAAACGAUUCAUCCUUAACAAUUACAUCAAGGCUGGUAUCGAGGAAGGUUUCGUAAUUUUCGUUUACUCGAUCGUUAAGCUAAUUUAGAUCAAUUCUUCUCGUAUUGGUCGAAUCGAUCGUAAACGACAGGUAAACGAUAAGCAAAAAUGUAUAUCCGCAAGGCACUCUAGUCCGGCGUGAAAUCGGGAUACCUGAUCCCUGCAAACUCUCAGGAGCAAGUAUUCAAAGUGUCUCCCAAAGUUGGUAAAUUCGAGAAGAGUCGGCACGGAAUUACAAAAGAGACGACUGUAAGCUCGUAAGUUCCGAUAAUGACGGCCUUGAAACGAUUUAACGAAGGACCCGAAAGAACUCGUUCUCGCGAAAUCUCAAAAGAUCUAAAAGUAAGAAAAUCAUUAGGGAUCCCUCUAAAAAUGACAAAGAAAAACCGAACCGUUGGCCAAAGAAGGAAAUCAGAUUUGUGCCUGAACUCGAUUCUAAGAUCGUACGUAUACUCUGCCUCGACAUUUUCUUUCACUUCGAUAAUUUCACUUUCCCGUUUAAGAACGAGAAAAAUCGAGAAACGAACUGAUCGAUCGAAUAAUCGACUCUGGAUUAGAGUCCUCGAAAGAAUAUCGGACAAAUUAGAAAUCAUUCUCGAAAGGAAACGUUCAAAACGAUCUUAAUGAUAGAAAUUGUUCGAAAAAGUUUCAGUAUAAACUAAAGGAGUCUCGUAGCGAAUUCAUCGGGUGUCCGAUCACGAAGCAACGAAUCUUCUUAAUAGAUCGAGGAAACGAGUCGAGAAACAAAGCCGAGGAAGGAGAAAAGAGAGGAAAUAACGAGGAUCAGAUGGACGGUUCCGUUUUAAAGAGAACCAAGGGAUAAACGUUUCAAAGGGAUAUAAUAAAGCAAGUCGCAACAGAUUGCCGACGCAAAGUGAACAUUUUCUAAAUAUAUUUAUAUUUAUAUAUAUAUCUUUAAAAAAACUUUUGACAUUUUUCGUGUCGCGACACUUUCGACGUUUCUAUAAAAACAAAUGAAAUAGAGGCUGAGGCAAAUAAAGACAAGACGGACGAGAUAGCUUCGGUAUGGUUACCUGCCAUCGACGAUUGCAUCGCUCUCGCGUCGCUUUUCAUUAUCAUAACGUUUACAUACGUUCGUACGGAAGUUGGCAAUUUAUUUCGAGUUAUUUUUUCGUACUUCGAAUGUCAAGAGAGAAAAAAGAAAGGAAAAAAAAAAAAGAAAAGAAAAAUAUGACAAGUCAGUCAACUUAUCGCGGCUAGAUCGGUCCUACAUAUUUCUCAUUUCAUUUUCUUCCGAACGUUCAAAAAUUCCUUGUCAAACAAAAUUACACUUCGCGAUCACGUUUGAGCCUUGUAACGAAUAAAUCCAAAAAAUUGAAAAAAAAUAUCAAAGCACGGACACGAAUUUUUUCCUUCUGCUCGUCGAACCUCUCGUACGGAAUUUACAAGCGAGUACAGAUUUUUUAAGCGCUAAUAAGAUACGACAAAACUGACGAGAUAAACCAAUUACCUAUGUAUACGCAUUUUCUGUAUAACGAUAUGGCAUACCAGUGACCCAUAUUUCAGUUUUGCAGUAGCAGCAGCAGCAGCAACUUAAAAGAAUUUUAAGCAAAAAAUAAAGCGCUUCAAAAAACAAUUUGGUCGCUAAAAAGCUUGGCGUAGGUAAAAAGAAAUAAAAAGAAGAGAAAAAAAAAGUCAAAAGGGAGAAAUAAAAAGGUGUAACCAAGAGAAACGAGCGUCUCAGUCCGAAGGAAAAAAAGGAAGAGCAACCGAGGAAAAGAACGAAAGAGGCAGAAGCGAUCGCGUAGACUAUCGUCAGGUGUUGCGUUUAUUAACGAAGGAUGGUAUACGGAAGUAAUAGAAAGAGCAGCAAUGAUCGUUCCAAGUUACACGCCGUCAGACAACGUCGUCGUAGCUCGAAGAAUCAUGCUGGCUUGUCGUCCUGUGUACAUGGAUGCGUGGGUAGCGAAGGUUUACAAAAAAUAAGGGAUCACAUAAUGAAGGCCCUUGACUUUGGCAUCGAGUCCGGAUAUCUCGUACCAACGGACGCAACCUGUAAGAUGCUGCGCGUAUCCUCCGAUUUAUUAGAAAAACGGCAAAGACGAAGAAUUGAGAAAACGAACGAGACGACGACGAUGAAAUACAGGAGGAAAGGAUCCGAGGAUUCUUGGAAUUUGCGUGAAAAAGAAAAUAAGGAAAUCGAACCGGUGGACUCAUCGACGAAGAAAUUUGAAGAAUGUUCGGUACAAGAAGCGAGGCGCAAACGAAAAAAUUGUAGAAGAAAUUGUAGAUCUCGAAGUCGAUCGGAAGGAAAUCGAUGCAGAUCUCGUAGACGUAGCAGAAGACGUGGAAGUUCAGAGAAUCCUGAGAAGUUGGGAGAAGACGAGGACGAUUACGAGCCAGACAAAAACUCCGGAAAAAAGAACGCUCGUAACGAGCGUGCGAAUAGCGGUUCAAGAAGUUCACGCUCGAAAACGCAGGAAAUCGACAGAACUGACGCCGAAAGAUCCGAUGACAUCUCGGACAUUUCUCUCGACGAGUACGAAACCGACGAGGAGGGGGAUAAAAAAAAGAGCAACACUACCAAAUCUUAAUUUAAAUCGAUGUGCGAUAGCCGCGAAUCACUUUCAAAUUUCUAAGUAUCGUCCAUUUCUCCGAGUGUUAUUAUUCUCCGUAUGACCAAUACAUCUGUACAAUCUUUAAUCGUUAAUCGAACUAAUAGCAUUGUUUUCGACAUAAUCAUAUAGACACUAUGUGGCCACGAAAAUUUCUUUCCACGCAUCAUAAUUACACUAAUUACACGUGCCAUGCACCCAUUCUCUCGUGGCAUGACGCGUGACACGAGCUAGAGGUAGAGAGAUAGAGAGAGAAAGAGAGAGAGAGUGUGUGUGUGUGUGUGUGUGUACGUACCACUGUGACCUUCCCUUCCUUCGAUUCCCACAACUUACAAUUGCUUGACCUUGAAACAGAGAGCGAGCAAAGGAGAAAGAGGGGAAGCAUCGAUACCAGUGGACAGAAUCCACGAUUUACGAUCGAGAUUCUUCUCCGGAUUCUUUCGAGUCACUCUCCUUUCCUUGAACUUCACUCUUUGACCCUUUCCAUCUCACGAUAGCGCACUCUACACGCUUUCAUCCGCAUAUCCUGCAGACCUCUCUCUCUCUCUCUCUCUCUCUCUCUCUCUCUCUCUCACUCUCUCUU